GGCAGCGGGCUGCCCUCUCACUUCGUAUAAAAGAGUUGAGAAAUUCCAUUAGAGAUCGAUCAAAGGAAAGGGAAGCCAUAAUAAAUUUAAACUUAUAAAGAAAGGAUGAGUAGUUUCACAGAGGAACAGGAAGCUCUGGUGCUCAAGUCGUGGGGCUUGAUGAAGAAGGACGCCGGCGAUCUGGGCCUCAAACUCUUCCUCCGGAUAUUUGAAAUCGCACCGUCGGUUAAGAAGCUGUUCUCCUUUCUGAGCGGCGGCGGCGGCGACGCCGGAGAGGUUCCCCUCAGCCAAAACCCAAAGCUCAAGGCGCACGCCAAAACCGUCUUUGUGAUGACGUGUCAAGCGGCGGUGGAGCUGAGGAAAGCCGGAAAAGCGGUAGGGCGGGGGGAAUCGAGUUUGAAGAAGUUGGGCGCCACGCACUUCAAGUACGGCAUCACUGAUGCUCAUUUUGAGGUGACAAGGUAUGCAUUAUUGGAGACCAUAAAAGAAGCAGUGCCAGAAGAAAUGUGGAAUGAGGAAAUGAAAGAUGCGUGGGGAGUGGCCUAUGACCACCUGGUUGCCGCUAUCAAGUCCGAGAUGCAUGACAAUGAAUUCAAGGAGACCUAAUAUUAUUCAUUAUUUAAGAAAUUCAUAUAUCCAUGCUUUUUUUAUUAUUUUUAACUUUAAUCCCAUUCUCAUUAUGGUAUUCUAUGUAUAAUUAAUCUCCCGAUACAUGGUUUGGCAAUUUAGUCAUUUUCGAGUUGUUCUUAUUUCCAGUAUAUUUGUCCAGUUUAAUUUUUUUGAAUCAAAUUGGAUGAAUUUU